ACGCACUCACGCACGCGUACGCAGCCAGCGGGAGUGUGACGCGACGCGACGUGACGUGACGCGACCCGACGCGACGCUCCGCGCGCGGGUAAAAGAACGGAGCGGAGCGAUCCAGCGCGCGAGCGACUCGCCGAGGAAGUCGUCGUCGAUCGCCACACGAGAGCGCGCGGCCGAGUGCGUGGCCCGCCUGCGGAAACCGAGGAAGAGGGAUAUAAGCCUGCGAGGAGCUCCUCCGUCGCUCGACCGCUCUACGGUCGGGCGGUGUGAUCGAGGAGGGUGAUCGUCUCGCAUACACGCACGCAUACGCACCCCCCUCUCUCUCGUCUUGUGUCGUCUCGUCUCGUCUCGUCUCAUCCCCCCCCGUCUCAUCGUCCUCUGCACACUCUACGCGGACCCCGAGCGCCGGGGGUUUACGUCGCCGGGACGGCAGAUGUCAGGAUGCCGGAGCAGAGCAACGACUAUCGCGUGGUCGUGUUCGGGGCGGGCGGCGUCGGCAAGAGUUCCCUCGUGCUGCGCUUCGUGAAGGGGUCCUUCCGCGAGUCUUACAUACCGACCAUCGAGGACACUUACAGACAGGUGAUAAGUUGCGACAAAAACAUAUGCACACUUCAAAUUACGGACACAACGGGGUCCCAUCAGUUUCCCGCUAUGCAGCGGCUCUCCAUAAGCAAAGGUCACGCCUUCAUCUUGGUGUACUCGGUGUGCUCACGGCAAAGCCUCGAGGAGCUACGACCGAUCUGGGCCGUGAUAAGGGAGCUCAAGGGUCAAGAUAUCUCGCAGAUACCCAUUAUGUUGGUUGGGAACAAGUGCGACGAGAGCCCGUCGGUGCGCGAGGUGUCGAUGAGCGAGGGCGCGGCCGAGGCGGCUAACUGGGGCUGCGGCUUCCUGGAGACCUCCGCCAAGACGAAUCACAACGUGGACGCCCUGUUCCGGGACCUGCUCACCCUCGAGAAGAAUCGCUCGGUCUCGUUACAGCCGGUGCAGAGCAACAACGCGAUAAGACUCAAGGAGAAGUGUGCCGUUAUGUAAAAAAAAAAAAAAA